CCUCAGCACAUCAGAACUACCAUUAGAGCUAGAAGAAAUCCAUCUUCAGCGGCAUCUUCCGUCUUUUUUCCCUUGAGAAACGGGACCAAGAUGCCUGUGAGGAUGGAUUUCUUCUAGCCUUAAAACCACCAAUUUUAUUAUCUCCCUACUCGUACUUGUACUACUAUCUAAAUCUAAAAAGAUGACAACAAGGAUGAAGCAGCAAUUCCACCGUGCAACGGGUCCUGUUCCCGAACCCGUUGACAAAAGCUCUGCAGCUUUGUACUACCAGAUCC